AUGCCUACUGCCACUGGUUUACUUUUAAGUUCUGUAUUUGGUACAACUGUCAGAAUUUUGCAAACUUCCAUGAGUGGAAGUCCAGCUAAGUUAUCUUCCAAAUUAAUGGGUUAUGGUUUAACCAUUGGUUCAAGUGUUGGUGUUUAUCUUUUGCUCAUUGACCCAACCCUUGAAAACAACAGAAAACUUUUCAACAAGAGAUUGGCAUUGUUACGUGAACAAAGAGAAAAGAAAGCUGAAUUCUAUGACUUUCAACCAGCCAAGAAAGAACUCCCAUACAAAAGAGGUGCUGUUUUCGGUCUUCUUGAUAGAUUGGGUGCUAAAUACCAAUAA